AUUCAUCUAACUCCACACCUUGUUAUCUCGGAUUCUCCAGCAUCUGCAGUUCCUAUUAUCUCCGAUAAAGGCCUCCUGCGCGCUUUAAAAGAUGGCAGCUUCACCGGACAUUACAACCCGAGUAGCUUCAUUUAUAGGUGUCUGUUAUUCAGAAUGAAUUUGACGUGAACUGUUUGCAGCGAGUUACACGAAAUGGCCCUGGCAAGUGGGCACUGGAUUAAGAAAGAAAUCAGGGGAGAUCCUCCGUGUCCAAGGCAUGGCCCUGGAUUGGCAGUUGCUGGAAACAUUGCAUUCAUAUUUGGAGGCUGUUCCCGUGUUAAUAUGAAAGUGAGUAAUCGUCAAUCCAAAUAUUUUAGCGACUUCUACAUGCUUACAGUAACUCCCUCUGAUCUGACCUGGGAAAUAAUACCACAAAGUGGAUACAUACCAUCUUCCAGAGAAGGGCAUUCCAUGUGUGUUGUGAAAGGAAAAAUCUAUUUAUUUGGAGGCCGGUCCCACCAUCUUGUAAGAGAAUGCUUACCUGGAAUGUAUUGUGUGAAUAUAGGAGUUAUGGUUAGAAAGUUUGCUGAUGACACCAAAAGUGGCGGUGUAGUAGACAGCCAAAAAGAUUCUUUAACAUGGGAGAAGCUGCAGAUAAAUGGCAUUGCACCACGUACUUUGAACCACAGUGCAGCAUUGGUUGGGGACAACAUUUUUGUCUUUGGUGGAAUCCAGAAUGAGGCCGUCUCAGAUAACCUAUUCAUAUUUAACACAGUAUCUAUGACUUGGACUCCAGUUAAAACAGUUGGCUUGACUCCAGUUCCCAGGCCCUGGGAAGGCAUGUUAAGCGGUGCUGUGAAGUGCAAGGAUUUUGGCUAUAAAGAUAGAGGUGCCAGUAACUAUUCGCCUGAAGAUUCAGAGUUAACUGCAGAACAAUAUCUUAGUCAUCUUCAGCAAAAGUGGAAGACACCUUUAUAUGUUGGAAUUUCCCCUGAACGUAGACAAAGCCAUGCUGCAUUUGUUCUUCAUAGUCAUCUUUACAUUUUCGGUGGAGUUAAUGAGGAGCAGGAAUUUAAUGACAUAAAAGCAAUGAAGCUAAUAAAUCCAUCCGACAGACAACCAAUAAUGAAAGAGAUUCUCUCAGAGUUUGGAAUCAAUGAAGUCGGUUACAGCUUUUCACCUACAAGGAUCCCCAAGGUAAAAUAUGAGUUGGCAGUCUGCCCAUUUCCUGCACAAGCAGACUCACCACCACCUGUGCCAAUGUUAAAUGUCACCUUGGAGAAGAACACAACUUCCAAAUUGAAACUAUCUGAUUUGACGGCAACAGAAUCCAGGGAUUUGAGUUCCAUUUACAAGCAAGCUGUGGGAAUGAUUACAAAUGCUUUUGCUGUGCUGGACGCCGAGUUUCAGAAAUUGGAUAUUGAGCAAGGAGAACUUAGUCAGGCCAAAAUUGCUUUUCAGCAAGAAAAAGAGGCUUACAAUAAACAGUACAGAAAUCAGCAACAGGAACUUCAGGAGAUGCUAGAAAAACAUAAAUCUCAGAAUGAAGCCUGGCUUAGAAUGCGGGCUGAGCAAAAUGAUCAAGAAAGACAAGAGCUGUUCAGACAAAGGGCGAAAUUGCUUCAGGAACAAGACAAGUUGCAUGAAGGUUUUUCUGUUCUUCAAAUGCGUAGUCAGCAACUACUCUCCUUAAUGCAGCAAUUUAAAGGAAUGUGA